AACAGACACGCAGCAAAAUCUUCCAUCCUGCCAAUCUUCCGUAUCCUACCUUAGGCCCCCCGACCCCAAGAUCUAAUGGCAGAGCCUCCAGUUGUUACCGCCACCAUAGUAGCUGGAGAAGAAAGAAGGACGCAUCUGAUCAAGAUCGAUGGGUAUUCACGAACCAAGGAGCUGCUCGAGAGGCAAGUUCACGACUUCUAUACCAUUCAGUGUUGGAGGUCACAGUUGGGCUCUGAUGCCAAUGAUGUGAAGGCCAAAUUCAGUUUUAGUCUGCUGGACAAGGAUGGGGUGCCAGUACCGUCAUACAGCCAAACCUCCGAACAUACCUUCACAAGCAAAGUUCCAGAUUGGGGUUUCACUAAGUUUAUCAAGCACAAGGAAUUGGAGGGAUCAGCGCAUCUAAGAGGUGACAGUUUCAGGAUCAGAUGCGAUGUCACCGUCGUGAUGCAGAUCCGCAGCGAACAGACUUUGCGUAAUCAGUAUGUAGAGAUUCCUCCAACCAAUUUGCAUCAGCAUCUCGGUGACCUCCUAAAGAGCAUGGAUGGUGCAGACGUGAGGUUCCAAGUCGGUGGGGAGAUAUUCUCGGCGCAUAGAUCUGUCCUUGCUGCUCGUUCAUCUGUCUUCAAGGCAGAGCUCCUUGGCGCCAUGAAGGAGAAAACUGGCGAUCCAAUCCAAAUCGAUGAUAUGGAAAGUGAUGUGUUUGAGUCUUUUCUCUAUUUCAUAUACACAGACUCGCUGCCUGUUACUGACGCCGUGAUGGCUGGACAUCUGCUCGUAGCAGCGGACAGGUACAACAUCGAGAGGCUGAAGCUGAUAUGUGAGGACAAGUUAUGCAAUCACAUUGAUGUCAAUAUGGUCGCGACCAAUUUGGCUUUAGCCGAGCAGCAUAGUUGCCAUGGACUGAAGGUGGCUUGCUUUGAUUUCCUUGCUUCUCCUUCCAAUUUGGAGGCCAUGAAAGCAAGUGAUGGUUAUGAGCAUCUGAAAAACAGCUGCCCUUCUGUCCUCAAGGAGCUGCUUGCUAGACUCCUGCCGGUUGAACUGCAGGCGGCCAAGGAUAUCAUGAUGGCUGCUUUAGUAGCCGGUGAAGACAGAAGGACGCAUGUGAUCAAGAUAGAUGGGUACUCACGAUUCAAGGAGCUGCUCCGGACUGGCAAGUACACGACUUCUGUACCUUUCAGCGUCGGAGGUCACAACUGGGCUAUGAAAUAUUUCCCAAACGGUUCCAAGGCUGCAGCUGGUUACAUCCCUGGUCACAUAUCUGUCUAUCUGGUUCUUGACUCGGAUGAUGCCAAGGAUGUGAAGGCCCAAUUCAGUUUUAAUAUAGUCGACAAGGAUGGGGUGCCAAUCCGCUGCGAAGAAACAAAGUGCAAUCCGUUGGAGGUUCCUGCAAGCAACUUGCAUCAGCAUCUUGGAGACCUCCUAAAGGGUAUGGAUGGCGCAGAUGUGACAUUCCAAGUUGGUGGGCACAAGUUCACAGCUCAUAGAUAUGUCCUCGCUGCUCGGUCAUCUGUCUUCAAGGCGGAGCUCUUUGGCGCCAUGAAGGAGAAAACAGAUAGUCCUAUCCAAAUCGAUAACAUGGAAAGUGAUGUUUUCGAGUCAUUGCUCCUUUUCAUAUACACAGACUCACUGCCCGUGACUGACACUGUGAUGGCUGGACAUCUACUGGUAGCAGCGGACAGGUACAACAUCGAGAGGCUGAAGCUGAUAUGCGAGGACAAGUUAUGCAAUCACAUUGGCUCCGACAUGGUGGCGACCAGCUUGGCUCUAGCCGAGCAGCAUAGUUGCCAUGGUCUCAAGGAGGCCUGCUUUGAGUUCCUUGUGCUUAAAUAUUGUUUGUACGGUAAGAUUUUGAGUCAAUUACUCACAUUCUGA